UCGGUGAAGGCGAGUGCCGGUAUAACAGAGAAGCAAACAGUCCCUUGGAGGCUCACAUCCCACCAAACUAACCUCCGCCGCUCUCCCUCUCACUUAAGCCUUAUCUGGCACAGGAGCCGGGAGUUAAGAGCCAGACACCGAGCGUCAAAAGCCGAACCGCAGCCCUCAGCGCGCCUGCGCAGGGUACGCGCUCAUCCUCGCCGGAGUCCCGACGAUUGGCUGUGACGUAACUUCCGGCGUGAGCGGCGAAAGCCGGGAGGGCGAGCGAGAGAGAGCAAGCAGGCAGCAGGCAGCAGGUAGCGGGCGGUCGGACGGGCGGUACGAAGGGAGGGAGCGAGCGAGCAGCGAGUGAGCCAGCGAGGGCAGCCGCGUCCCGAGAGCAACCGAGAUUCCUCCCGUCCUUCUGACCCCCUUCCCGGAGCCCACAGCGCCUCCGGUCUCCAGCGGAACGGACACGGCCCGGCCCGGCCAUGGCCUCGUUGCUGAAGGUGGAUCAGGAAGUGAAGCUCAAGGUUGAUUCUUUCAGGGAGCGGAUCACAAGUGAGGCAGAAGACUUGGUGGCAAAUUUUUUCCCAAAGAAAUUGUUAGAACUUGAUAGUUUUUUGAAGGAACCAAUCCUAAACAUCCAUGACCUAACUCAGAUCCACUCAGACAUGAAUCUCCCAGUCCCUGACCCCAUUCUUCUCACCAAUAGCCAUGAUGGACUGGACGGUCCCACUUACAAGAAGCGAAGGUUGGAUGAAUGCGAAGAGGCCUUCCAAGGAACUAAGGUGUUUGUGAUGCCCAAUGGGAUGCUGAAAAGCAACCAGCAGCUGGUGGACAUUAUUGAGAAAGUGAAGCCUGAGAUCCGACUGCUGAUCGAGAAAUGCAAUACGGUCAAAAUGUGGGUACAGCUCCUGAUUCCUAGGAUAGAAGAUGGGAACAACUUUGGGGUGUCCAUUCAGGAGGAGACAGUUGCAGAACUAAGAACUGUUGAGAGUGAAGCUGCAUCUUAUCUGGACCAGAUUUCUAGAUAUUAUAUUACAAGAGCCAAAUUGGUUUCUAAAAUAGCUAAAUAUCCCCAUGUGGAGGACUAUCGCCGCACAGUGACAGAGAUUGAUGAGAAAGAAUAUAUCAGCCUUCGGCUCAUCAUAUCAGAGCUAAGGAAUCAAUAUGUCACUCUACAUGACAUGAUCCUGAAAAAUAUUGAGAAGAUCAAACGGCCCCGGAGCAGCAACGCAGAGACACUGUACUGAGGCCAGGGCCAGGGCCAGGGGACUCUUCCCCAAUCAUAUUUCCAUCUGGACGCAUCAUUUUUACUCCCGGUGGUGUGCUGCAGAGAAGGAGUUAGGAUGCUGUCUUGCCGUGAAUAGUGCUCAGUAACAAGCCAAGUGCAUAUUAGUUGGGCAGUGCCCCUACCCACCCUCCAGACCCCUUCCAACUAAAACCCUUCCCUCCUUCCACCAUGUGUUUCUCAGUUUCCCUUUUUGUUUGUUGGAUUGUUCCACUGCCCCUCCUCCUCACCCUAUCACCCUUGGAUCAUAAUGUAAAAUUCUUUGCCAUGUCAAGAAAUUAUUAAAAAUACAGGUACUUUGA